UCGAGGAUCUGUUUCCUACUUUAACAGCUAAUGUAGCUUUCCUGCUUAAAAUCAUUUUGCUACCAUUUGCGGGAAUAUACAUUCACGUUAAUGGGAAGUAUGUUUUGUAUGUAUGUUGCAGACUCUUUUUUUCCACUUUUUUUUUCCCAGGAGGCGUUUAGUUCAUGUUUUUUUCGAUCAUAUGUUAAAGCUGCAGACAUGACAGCGUGCCCUGAAGUUCAAACGGCGUCAAAUGUUCAGUUUACAGUCAUAUCUUCACCUGUAUCUGUUAUGUAUCCGACAACCUAAAGCCGUUGACACCUCCUGUGGUUGCCCAUUUCCCAGCAUGCAACUCCAGUUUCGUCUGUUUCACUUUCACUCUCUUUCACUGUGGUGAGACGUAUGGUACGUGUGCUGAAGACGACACUGUGAGAGGGGGCAUCCUGCUUUUUUCAUCACCAUGUUAUCUCCUCUCCUCCUGCUGCUCUUCCUCCCCUUUCCUCCCUCUUUUGGAGCUCAGUUGCCAAAUCAAAACCAAGCUAAAGAUGUCCCCAUUUCCACCAAUGGACAGCCCUUCCCCUGGGACCGCAUGAGACUUCCUAAAACCGUCUUCCCCAUCCACUAUGACCUUACCAUCCACCCCAACCUCACCACCCUCGACUUCACCGGUGUUGUUCGCAUUCAGCUGGAUGUGCGUGAAGACACCAGCAUCAUCGUGCUCCAUGCCAAGCAGAUGCAGAUAUCCAACGUGCUGCUCCUUGCUCCUGAAGGUGUGAGACCUCUGCAGGUGCUGGACUAUCCUCGUUUCCACCAGCUUGCCCUACUCUCAGACUCAGUGCUGACAAGAGGGAGAAAGUAUGAAGUCCAGCUGGAGUUUUCAGCUAACCUGUCUGACAGUUUCCAUGGUUUCUACAAGAGCACCUACUGCACCAGCAGCGGGGAGGUCCGGGUCCUGGCUUCCACACAGUUUGAAGCUACCUUUGCACGUGGAGCUUUUCCCUGUUUUGAUGAGCCCGCCUUCAAAGCCAACUUCACCAUACGGAUUAUACGAGAACCACACCACAUAGCUAUAUCCAACAUGCCCAUUGUGAAGACAGUAGAGUUACCUGGUGGUUUGCUUGAGGAUCACUUUGACACCACUGUAAAAAUGAGCACUUACCUGGUGGCCUACAUCGUGUCUGACUUUCAGUCCGUAAGCAAAAUCACCAAGCAUGGUGUCAAGAUUACAGUGUACGCUGUAGCAGAGAAGAUCAACCAGACCGCCUUUGCUCUGGAUGCUGCUGUGAAGCUGUUGGACUUCUAUGAUGACUUUUUUGAUAUUCCUUACCCUCUGCCUAAACAGGACCUGGCUGCUAUCCCUGACUUCCAGUCGGGUGCAAUGGAGAACUGGGGUCUGACCACCUACAGAGAGACGGGCCUCCUCUUUGACCCUGACAGAUCCUCAGCCUCUGAUAAACUGGCUAUCACCAAAGUUAUCGCCCAUGAGCUUGCACACCAGUGGUUUGGCAACCUCGUGACAAUGGAGUGGUGGAAUGACCUGUGGCUUAAUGAAGGUUUUGCAAAGUUCAUGGAAUUCAUUUCUCUCGACAUCAACUACCCAGAGCUGCAAGUGAAUGACUUCUUUUUGGGGAAAUGCUUUGAGGCCAUGGAGGUGGACUCCCUAAGCUCCUCUCACCCUGUCUCUACCGAUGUGGAAAACCCCACACAGAUCCAGGAGAUGUUUGAUGAUGUGUCAUAUGACAAGGGAGCCUGUAUUCUGAAUAUGCUGCGGGACUUCAUGACUCCUGAUGCCUUUGAGAUUGGCAUCAUUCGAUACCUGAAGCGCUACAGCUACCAAAACACCAUCAACAGCCACCUGUGGGAGAGUCUGACUAAUAUCUGCAACUCAGAUGAUAUGGAUGAAGGAGGAAAGAAACAUAAAGAAUUCUGCUCCAAGCGUGGCCUUCAGUCUGGAUCAUCGAAAUGGUUCUCUGGUGAUGAGCUGGAUGUCAAGGCCAUCAUGGACACAUGGACACUGCAGGAAGGUUUCCCACUGGUCACUGUGGAUGUCCGAGGCCGGGAGGUCAGGCUCAGUCAGGAGCGUUAUCUGAAGACGGACGACCCCUCCCUCACUGAAGGAUUCCUCUGGCAGAUCCCCCUGACCUACAUGACCAGCGCCUCCAGCACCAUCCACCGCUUCCUUCUAAAGACAAAGACCGAUGUUCUGUACCUGCCUGAAGAGGUGGAUUGGGUAAAGUUUAAUGUGGACAUGAGCGGGUACUACAUGGUCCAUUACGCAGGCGAGGGCUGGAACUCCAUCAUUAAACUUCUGCUACACAACCACACAGCACUGAGCAGCAAUGACCGUGCAAGCCUCAUACACAACGUCUUCCAGCUGGUCAGUAUUGGCAAGUUGAGGCUGGACACGGCUCUGGAUCUGUCUCUGUACCUGUCCAGAGAGACAAAGAUCAUGGCUGUGACUCAGGGCUUUGGGGAACUCGUGCCCCUCUACAAACUGAUGGAGAAGAGAGACAGCAUGGCUGCUCUGGAGAACCAGAUGAAGGGCUACAUCGUUGAUCUGUUCAGGGGCCUGAUUGACCGUCAGGAGUGGUCUGACUCUGGAUCAGUGUCUGAGCGAGUGCUCAGGAGCUACCUUCUGUUGUUUGCCUGUGUCAGGAACUACGCUCCCUGUGUCACCAAAGCGACCCAACUCUUUAAUCAGUGGAAGGACUCUGAUGGACAAAUGAGUCUCCCUGUUGAUGUCACCAUGGCAGUGUUUAUGAUUGGAGUUCGAACACCAGAGGGGUGGGACUUCCUCUUUGAGAAGUACCGCAGUUCUAUGCAAAUGUCUGUAAGAAGCCGUCUGAAGUCUGCUAUGGCUUACAGUCCUUUAAAGGACAAGCUCCAGUGGAUGAUGGAGCAGAGCCUCAAAGGUGAAGUGAUGAAGACUCAGGACCUCUCAGACGUAGUUGUUACUGUCAGCAGGAACCCUCAAGGCUACAAACUGGCCUGGGACUUCUUCCGAGCAAACUGGCACACCAUGAUCAAGAAGUUUGACCUGGGCUCCAGCACCAUAUCACACUUAGUGAUUGGAGUAACAAGUCAGUACUCCACCAGGGAGAUGUUGGAUGAGGUGAAAAGCUUCUUCGGCUCCCUGAUUGAAGAAACGGGCUCAGAGAUGAGGUGCAUCCGGCAGGCCUAUGAGACCAUUGAGGAUAACAUUCGCUGGAUGGACACCAACAUCCCUUUGCUACAGGCCUGGCUUGACAAACACAAACGCAGAGACGUGCAUGAAGAUUUAUAGUUUUGCGUGAUACAGAAAAGUCUGAGUUAGACAAUUGUGUCGCUUAAAGCACAAACCACACAUGACUCUUGGAAACAAAACAACAGACUUAAAGCAUCUCAUGGACUCUGUCUUGAAUCAUAAAUCUGAUGACUUAAGAAAGUCGGACAAAAUACAGUUUACCAUCGAUUUUAACACCAGCGACUCCUGACUUUCCUCUUAAAGAUUUGUAAAAAUUAAAUAAAUAAAUGAAAAUCCCUUAAAUCCUGUUACACAUCAAUCAUAAUUAGUAGCUGACUUGACUAAUAUGGCAAAACUUGUGAACACUAGUGACUUGUAAAUCCUGCUGGUACCAUCACUGUAAACUCCAUCCAUCCAUCCAUUUCCUAUACUGCCUAUCCCAGCUGUCACUGGGCAAGAGGCAGGGUACACCCUGUAUGGGUCGCCAGGAUCGCAGGGCAGACAUAUAGAGACAGACAACCAGGCAUGCUCACACCUACGGCCAAUUUUAGAGUGGUCAGUCAACCUAACAAGCAUGUCUUUUGGUGGUGGGAGGAAGCCGGAGUGCCCGGCGAGAACCCACGGGGAGAACAUGCAAACUGCACAGAAAGGCCCUGACCGGGGAGCGAACAGGAAACCUCUUGCUGUGAGGCAACAGUGCAAACCCCUGUGUCCAUGUGCAGCAAUCACUGUAAAUUUCAGAGUAAAAACAAAGCACUGUCAAAUAAAAUUGUUUCUCAGGUUCUCAAAUAACUAUAGUUUUCCUUUAAGAAUUUUCAUAUAGUACUGUUUCUUAUGAUUUUUGUUUGAAAAGUAUUUUCUUGGAGUAAAGUUUUCCCAUGAAAGCACUCCACCAUUGUCAUAACAUCUGAAGAUCAGAGGUGUCUGUGUUUUUCAUUUUCAUGUGUUUUUAUUCUAUCUGAAGAUGUACAAAUUUAAAUGAACUGAGUUUCCUAUGAAUGUCUACUUUUGGAAAGCUUAUUGUCCUUUGUGCUGCAUUGCCACUGCAGAAAGCAACAUGAUUAUUGUCUGUAUAUUAGUGCAAAUUUUAAAAUGUUGCACAGAAGAAAUUUACAUAGAUUUUGUCUUUUUUAGCAAACAUUUCGGCACCACACCUCUCCUUUUUUCAGUCAUGAAAAUCUAAAAAAACCCUUUAAAAAGUGCCAUAUGGUGAAAGCACAGUGGUGGGUCAAGCAAGUGGUAGUGUGAUGAAAACGAAUCUCAUGAAUGAGUAAUGAACAUGAGGCCUAACUACCGAGACUUUUGACCUCCAAAAUCUGAUCAGACUAUCUUUGCUUUAGAGUGCACAUUUGUGCAAAGGUAGAAAAUAAAUCCCUCAAAGAAUUAUUUAUAUAUUGCGUUCAUAAGCAAUAGAAUUAAGCCAAAUAACCCUUUUCUCUGAUCAUCUCAUCCUUAAGUCAAAGUGGAUAUUUAGAUAGUUUAUAUAUAGUUUGGAUAGUUUAUACCCCUUUGGCUCGGUUAUCACGAGAACAGAGGCAGAAAAAAAAAUCCCUAUUGAGAAAUAAAACUGAGCGUGACGCCUUUAGUAAAAAAUGCUGCAAAGUGGUUCUACCUAAAACAGAUUGAACACAGAAUUCUGUUUUGCACUAUUUGCUCUAGUUUGAAUUAUUGCUGAUGUUGGUAUGAAUUCAGUGAACACUGCUCCUUAUUGGUAUCAUUUUGUGAUCUGAUGGAAAUAUGUUAAAUAUAGUGAAAGCAAGCGCACUAUGAGUAGUGUGUUUUUAUUGUGAAGUCUUAUGGUGGCCUUGCUUUUACACUUCUGUAAAAUCCCUCUUAUGCAUUUCAAAAGAGGAAUUUUGUGUGGAAAAAAAACAUGCUGAUUGAAUAAAAAAUGGG